CUCUCACACAUUUGAUUGGACAUUUGCAGUAACCUUGAUGUAGAAUCUUGUCUAUGAUUCGACUUCACAAAGAGCCAAUAAAAGUUCUGAUUUACAGCAUACUAAACGUGAAAAAAUCAGAUUUAAAGUCAGUUGUGUUCGUAAAUAGAGACCAAUAAGUGGAGUUGUUCUGCAACGUAUCUCAAGGUAAUCUAUCAAGUGCUUGUUCCAGAGAUAUCUUCAUAAAAAUUGAAAUAUGGAACAAGGUUUGCGAUUAUGUUGGAGUUUACUUCCUACAUUAUUGACAUGGAUAAUAAAAUAUAUAAUUCGCCUAAUUUUGCUACCAAUUAUCUUGAUAUUUCUUCUUGGUCGUGCUGUGAGAUACUUCAACAAAAGGUCCGAACUGCGUAGUAAAUUAUUACGUAAAAGAGAAUUAAUAACUAAACGAAUGGAUCAUUUGAAAGAACAUCUUUCAACCACGAAAAAUACAUCAACUGUUGAUUUGCUAUCAAUUACAGAUCUAAAUUUAGAUACUAUUCAAGAAUGCUUGAUUGAAGGCAAAUUUACACCAGUUGACUUGUUGCAUGCUUAUCAAAUGAAAGCCUUACAGUUAUAUGACUCAGGAAAUUCAGGAAUAUGUGAAUUUGUGGAUGAAGCAGAGCAGUUAGCUGUUGAACUUGUUAAAUCGAAUCGUUUGCCUACAAAUAAACAAACUUUGGUUGGUAUUCCUGUUAGUCUAAAGGAACUGAUUCCGGUCAAGGGAUAUGAUGUAACAUAUGGUUUGAUGAAACGAUGUGAUAUACCUUCAGAUGAAGACUGUUGCAUAGUGAAAGUACUUAGACAUGAAGGAGCAAUACCUUUUGUUCUGACAGCAACUUCACAAACAGCUCUAUCUAUGAGUGGAAUAAAUCCAGUGUUUGGUGAUAUGUCCAAUCCUCAUUCACAAGAACACGAACCAGGCGGGAGUUCUAGCGGUGAAGGUGUACUUGUAGGACUAAGUGGAUCACCAAUUGGAAUCGGGACAGAUUUAGCUGGAAGCAUACGAAUCCCUUCGGCGUUCUGUGGUCUUGCUGGCUUGAAACCAACAACUAAUCGUAUAAGCAGCAAAGGUUUGGCGAAGAUCGGUCAUAAAAAAUCAGUGGUAUUAAGAAUAUGUCCUGGACCAAUGGGUAGACGAGUGGAUGAUCUAGCCAAAUUAAUGCGUACACUUCUAACAACAAAAAUGUUUCAGAUGGACCCAUCUGUGCCACCAUUACUGUUUAAUGAUAUAAUCUACGAGGGUGUAGAUAAGCCGAAACUGAAGAUCGGAUAUUAUGUAAAUCUGGAGGAUCCAUUAAUUAUGACUAGCGUUCCAUGUGUUCGUAGAAUAGUGAAUGAGUCGGUGGACAUUUUAAGACAACGUGGUCAUAUACUGCUACCGUUUCAGCCACCUAAUAUAAAAUGGGCUUAUGCAUUAAGUAUGAAAGCAAUUUCUGUUGAUACAAAAUAUUAUUUUAAAAAGGCCUUGUUCGCAGAACCAUUAAAUGAACAUACUAAAUUUCUUAAUCUUCUGAUCGGUACCCCACACUGGGUGAAAGUUCUUCUAGACAAACUAAUGGAAAUCAUCUUUGAUAAAUCAGCCGCAGUUGCGAGUUUUUUGGAUGGUCCUAGAGGCGAAGCAGAAACAUUAAAUUUAAUCUCCGAUAUCGAAUUGUAUCGACAUGAAUUUCAGAGAGCUAUGGAAGAAGCUGGUAAUUUAGAUGCGAUCAUUUGUCCAGUUUUCCCUUUUCCAGCAUUUCCAAAAUCAGCUAAAUCUCUAUUUGUUUCACCAGCUAUUGCUUACACAGUUUUGUUUAACAUGUUAGAUUAUCCAGCUGGAACGGUUCCAAUGGGAUAUGUUAAUAAGGUAGAUGUGGAAAACUCAAAAGUGAUGGCUGAAGAAUACAAGAAAGCUGGAAAUCGAUAUCUCAAUCAGGUAUUUAAGUAUCAGGAAACAAGUGAGGGCUUGCCGAUCGGUGUACAAGUUAUUAGUAAAUCAUGGCAAGAGGAGCGUGUACUGCGUAUUAUGAAAGAAUUAGAGACAUCAAGAACACUAACUGAAUAGUUGUAACUAAUAUUUCUAACCUACUUUCUUCGUUUGACUUUGCUGGACCAUAGUUUAUCACAAUGAUGUAAAACAUAUUUUAUCAUUGAGUCUACACAGAAGUAUAAAAUUUCAUUGUUAUAAAAACACAAAUUUUGGAAUCUACUUACCUGUUUCAUGAAAAUGUAAAAAAAUCGUGCAUGUUAUACCACUGUUUUAUUAUCGUUCGUACAAUAUUUAAAAUAAUAUGCAAUCAAAAAAGGAAUUUAUUAUUAACCAAUUUAAAACAGUUUAUUUACAAUUUUGAUUUUGUUUAAAUGAUAGUUAUUGUCAGUAGUUGCCACGAUGAAAAUUGUACUGUGUAUUUUUCAAUACACUAGCAUAACUUUAACCAGUAGUUGUCCUUGAACUUCAAUUGUAUCUCUCUCAAUAUCUUAUUAUUUAUCACAAUGCUUGUGUCACAUCUUGCUUUCCAUUGUUCAUAACAUUCCUGGAAUUUCUUCAAAACUAAACAUUUCAAUUGCAUCUCUCUGAUAAAUGACUGUUUCAAUUGUUUUACUGUUUAUGUAUGAUAUUCAAUCCAGUAAUUUUGAAAUGCAUGUUUUUUUCACCCUAAUAAUUGUGUAUCGUUUGCAUGAAAUUGUCAUUUUAUUGAUUCCUGCUGAAACUAAAUCCUCAUAUAAGCAUAGAUUUUAUACUGAUGUUUGUUGUCUCGAUUAAUCAUAUUUUUUGAGCGUUAGAUAUCUUACACAAUAUUCUAAGACCGUAUCAGAUCAUUUUUAAGAAAACAAGAAUGUAUGAAGUCAUAAAAUAAUAAGUUCUCAUUUACUCAUACCCGGAAGUUGUGUCUUGGAAUUUCGUUACGCACAUUUAUUUUUAAUAUCUGUCAUUCACAGAUGCUGGAGAUGAUAGGUCUCGAAAAUCGCUUGGUAGACCUCUUAAUUUUGUAAUUUAUUUUUGCCUCAAAACAACUCUCAAUUACCUUCAGUUCGUAUUUCUUAGCAGGAAAGACCUUACACUACACUGGUUAGUUCUCUGUCUUAGUGUGAUAUUGUGUAAGUCUUCUUAGGAGACAUUUUGUAAUGCAUAAAUGACGCUUCAGUAAAACGCUUAUUAAUUUUUUCGCUCGUUGCUGCUUGUCGAUUAAAUGAGGUUACCACUGACUUGGGAUUCUUGCUCUAGUUCGUUGGGCUGGAUCACAGAGAAGAGAUAAGCUUGCUUGUUGUUGCAUCACUGGUUUACGUUCCGUUCGCCAAUAUCUAGUCAUAUCUUAAUUAUCGUCAGCAUAGCAACAAGAGAUUUGCACGCAAUAUUUAAAGCCUGAUUGUACUUGUCCCGAAUUUCAAUGAAUGUCAAUGAUGGUUGUAUUUCCAUUAAUCCAUGCAAGUUGUAGACAAGGAAUUGAGACGUCAUGUGCGAUAUUUGAAUACUGACAUAAGCCUGCGCGAUGAUGAUUCAAGGAAAUAUUUAAAAUGUGUGAAGAUAGAGAUGGUUUGAAAUAUCGGGUGUUCUGGUUGGAUCUAUUUUGAACACUGUGAUUAUAUGUUUACUCAUCGAAUAAUGUGUAAUGGAAACUAAACAGUUACCUAACUGCAUGUUUGCAAGAAUGAUUAAAAAGCAACCUUCGUCGACUCAAGAAUAACGAGUUGUUGCAUAACUUAUAACAUGAAAGAUGAACAAAUAACCUUCACGGCGGUAUUGCAGUUAAAACAAGCUGAUCUGAGCCAUCUGAAGGACUUUGCUAUGUAUGGAGGGAUUUUGCAGGCCAGUGUAGUAUCCAUUUUGAAGGCUUUGUUUUGGGAAAAAUCCCUCCAUGUACAUAUAUGUAAUAUGUUCUCACUGACUCUUUCUGUUCAACAUUUUGGUACUCUAUUUGAUCUCAUUUUGUGAUGUUAAUAUUUGUAUCUUGUUAUAGUUUAUGAUUUUUGUACCUUUAUUGGAGUUUCUACGUUUUCUACUGAACAGUAUUAUGUUGUCUAAAUUGAUACUUAAUCAAGGCGUCAGCCAUAUCGGAAUCGAUACCUUGGUGAGUGAAACGUUCGUCUGGAUUCGGAGGGUGCAAUUUUAGACCUAAACGGAAGCAUUCUUCCAGAAUCGGAAACACAUUGUGUUAAUUUGGAGGUAGAGCAAUGUAAUAUUGUUUGGGUAAUGAUCUGUAAAUUUUAAUUAAUAAUAGGACCAUUUCUUGCUCAGAUAAAUUGCUUUCUUUCUGGAGUAACUGGGAGAGGC